CGGAUAUUAUCAAUACAAACAAUUCACACAAAGGCGGAUUUAUUCAGUUUGGAACAUGUGCUAGAAAAUGGAUAUCAUUUUAGCUAUCUAACCCUACCUAACACUUUUUAUAUGAACAGAUAUCUAUGAAUGUGUAAACUGUACGCUGUGAAUAACGUGUAUUUGGUACUAUAAAGCAAAACAUACUCAAAAGCUAUAUCAGGGACAACAUGAGUCUUAAUAGUCCAGAUUAAAGAAACGUCAAAAUGCUAGACGAAGCAAAUAUAAUAACAAUUUUAAUGACCUUAGCCGCUUCGUUUGCUGGAAGUUCAGAUAUAAAAACAACGAAAUACGACAUAGUAAAUGGAGAAAAUGAAGUGUCAACUUUUUCACAGUUCAUUACAAGUAAUGUCGCAGUAACAGAAACAACGAGUAAAGAAAAUGGCAGACGUGAUUUAAGUAAGGACUCAGAAAGUUUACAAAAUGUGACUAAUAAUAAGCUAGAAACAUAUGAUCAAUCUGUCCGGUUCGGAAAAACAGAAGCUUAUUUUACGACCACGGGUCAGUUCAAAAACAAUGUCUAUAAUGGUUCUUACAGCAGUGGCAAUAUAUCACAUAUUUCGAACAAACAUCAACACAAUGACGACUCUGAACAGGGAAACAAUGAUACUAUUACAACUGAAAUAACGAAUAUUUAUAACAGAAAUAUACAGGAAAAUGAAAAAAUUUUGUCCGAAAAGGUACUUAAUCAAAACAAACACAAGAUACCAUAUCACAUAAUUACUGAUGUCGAUCCAGUGCAGAUGUUGACUUUAGAUCGGAAGAAGAUACCAUUGCAGCAUCACUUGCACCUAGUUCCGAUGGAAGACGAACCUUUUGGUGCAAUGAUGUUAAAGAACCAGAGGUAUAUGAUUAGUGUUAUGGUGCCUAUAGGAGUAGGUAUGAUUGGGGCAGUUAUGAUUGUAUGUACGGUGAUCACCCUGAGAAAGGUUGCCAGUAAAAGGAUUGUUCACACUCCAUUAGACGAUGAUGUUGAGGCAGAACGGGCUAUAACAUCGCAGAUUUCUAGUAUCAGUACAGAAAUGAUUGACAGAGGAUUUCUGUUAUUUGGAGACGACGAAAAUUGAAGGAACAUAUUAUUUCUUCCUGAAGUAACUUUGUGGCAUGCACACAUAUUUUUCGCAUUAUUGCUGUUAUGACGGUUUUGUUACUUGUACAGCAUUGGGUGACUACCAGUUAUAUUUAAACAAUUCGUAGAUGUUGUUUUACGAAAGAAAAAAGACAACAUUUCAUCGUACUUACUGAAUUUUAAAUAUAAUUUAUUAUCAUGUAUUUAGACUACUGAAAAAAUCGUCUUUGUUUAUAUGUUCCCUAAAUUUUACUUUCAAUUAAUAAACAUAAUUAAUUUAGUGUUAUUUGACCAGCAAUUACGCAAUGUCUGGUGAAAUGUAUAACGUCACGACAAAAUCACUGAUAGGUAUUCCUAUGUUAAAUACUUAUAUUUUCACUUUAACAUAUCAAUUUUGUUUUAAUGUCUCAGAAAUAUAUAUUAGUUUUUGAACAUUAAUACAUAUAACCGUUUUAAAUUGACACAAAUUUAUUUUCGGAAUGUGCAGUUCCUUGCAGUAUUAUUGUAAACUGACCUAGGAAGUAAAACAAAUCUACUUGUUUUUGUCAAAAUUAUAAUCUGUUGUCCAUAUACCUCAACCAAUGUCCUCUACAAAAUGACAAUAUAACACGUCAACCGACAUGAAAGCAUACAAAAAGUCAAUAAAUAAAGUCCUCAUAAAGUCUUAAAACUAAUUCUGAAUUAUUUUUGAUCCUUAUCAUUCUGGAUAUCCGUGCAGUCUGAUCAUGAUCUGCACUGUUCGCAGUUCAGUCAGUAUCUGUUUUGUAAGCACUCCUUUUGACAGUUAAUGGUACUGUCCAGAUUGAAAGAUGGACCAGUUCAUUAUAGAAAUGUAGCAAGGUUAGGUUUAACAAAGGCAAUUAGCCGACAAUAAUAUACUCAGUACAUGUCCACUUAUUACAACAGUUUAGAAAAAAAUUGAUUCUUCUGAAGUUUCUCUAAAAAACAAAAGUCGAGAACAGUCCAAGAGUGAACGAAGUCAAAUUUAUAUUUGCCACGUGUCAGUUUAAUGGAAAUAGAUCAAAUCACAUUCAGGUUAUAAAUAAUGGAUUAAUCCAUGUUGCUAAUGCUGGUGUUUCUGGUAUAGAAUACUGUCUUCCAGUCGAACGGACAUUGUAUUUGGUAAAUUCACCAAAUAAUUUGGUUACAAAACAAAUGCAAAUAUAAACUUACAGUAUUUUGUAAAAGAUUUCAUGUUGGUGAUGUCUGGAAUA